UUCAUCCAGUUUGUUGACUAACGAGACUCGUUCAAUGAAGGGGGCGUAUUUGUUCAGUAGCAUAGGUCCAACCACUGUUCUUGUCCCUUCACAACCCGUACUCAUGAACUCGUUGUAUAAUCAGUAUUUGAAAGCAAAAAAAAAAAAAAAAAAAGGAGUCAUACACUUCAAAAUGGAGAUUUUGGUUUGUUGACAAUUUACUGCGUAAAGGCUUUGAAAGUUGGGAAAGGACUUGCUUAUGCUGAAUGAAUGUCCAUACACUGACAUCUACUGGGGUAAGCAGGGUAAUGCAGAAGUGUCACACCUGGAAAUGUCAAUCAUGUAGCCUAGUCAUAAGGUUGUGGGUUCUUCCCACUGCUGCUCUUGUUAUCCUUGAAAAUGGAGAAUGUAGAUCGAAUUUUGUCUGAAAGUCCCUCUAUUGAAGAGCUGGAGGAUUUAUUACAUGGGGGUCAGCUAUCCUGUAACCAUGUCGAUGAAGUGUGGCCAAAUUUGUUUCUGGGGGACAUGUACAUGUCUCAUGACAGAUAUGGCCUGUGGAGACUGGGUAUAACUCAUGUUUUAAAUGCUGCACAUGGUAAAAUGUGUUGCAAAGGACGUGAUGAUUUUUAUGGGACAACCGUAAAGUAUUAUGGUGUGCCGGCAAAUGACCUGCCUACAUUUGAUAUUUCAUCAUUUUUCUACCCUUCAGCACACUACAUUCAUGAUGCUUUCAGCACAACAGGUGCUAAAGUGUUUGUGCAUUGUGCUGUGGGAGUGAGCCGUUCAGCUGCUCUGGUCUUAGCUUACCUAAUGAUAUAUUGCAAUUACUCUUUGGUGGAUGCCAUCUUGAAAGUGAAAGAAAGAAGAUGGAUCUUUCCAAACCGAGGAUUUCUGAAGCAGUUGAUAUCCCUCAACAAUGAAUUAAACUACAAGGUGCAAUCAAAGUAAUAGAUUUUUUUUAAAGCAUGCAGUUCAGAAAUCUGUCAAUUAAAAAUAACAUCUACAUUACAACAACAACCAUAAUUAACAUAAUUAUAAACAUUUUAUCUUAUUUAUAAUAACAGCUUUGUGUCAUACUUCUGUUAAACUCAAUUCAGUAAAUUAUGUAAAGUAGUCCAAAGCAAUAUUUGUACUAUAUAUGGUCAAUAAAGCGGUAAUUGUUGGGCUCAGUAAAUAUUC